CACGGCACCCGUAGCCGCAUCCCAGAUUCAGCGCUGCCGCUGCUGUCACAACAGAGAAAGAGGAUAAUAAGUUAUUAGUCCGCUGACAGAAGAAUAAUCCUCUUCAUACCGACCCCAAGCCGCUAACAUUUUAUUUCAAAAUGUCUGACAAAAGUGAGCUGAAAGCAGAGUUGGAGAGAAAGAAACAACGCCUGGCCCAGAUCAGGGAGGAGAAGAAGAGGAAAGAGGAAGAACGCAAGAAGAAAGAGCUGGAUGGCCGGAAGGAGGGAGCGUCUCCUCCGCAGGAUGACUCUGAUCUGGAGAGGAAGAGGAGGGAGGCAGAGGCUCUGCUGCAGAGCAUGGGGAUAGUGGACGCCUCCAUGGUGCAACCUCUGCGUGUGGUAACGGAGGAUACGUGUCUGUUUCACUAUUUAGUCCCCCCUCCCAUGUCCCCCUCUGCCAAAUCAGUGGACACACCCAGCGAAACGGGCAGCCAGGACUCGGGAGACGGUGGCAUGGGGCCGAGGACUCUUCAUUGGGACUCUGACCCCUCUACUCUACUGCUCCAUUCAGACUCUCAGCUCGGACGCGGCCCGCUGAAGUUGGGCAUGUCAAAGGUCACGCAGGUGGACUUCCCGCCCAAAGAGAUGGUGUCAUACUCAAAAGAGACCCAGACGCCCACACAGACUCAUCACAAAAAUGAUGAGGAAGAGGAGGAAGAUUCGGCUGUGACACAGCCUGUCCUGGAGCCUCAAGAGGAGAAAGACCCUCAGAAAGAGGAAGAAGAAGCGCUGCCUCAUGAGCUGACGGAGGAAGAGAAACAGCAGAUUCUUCACUCGUCGGAGUUCGUGACUUUCUUUGACCACAGCUCUCGUAUCAUGGAGCGCGCGCUCUCUGAGCAGGUGGAUGUGUUCUUCGACUACAGCGGGCGAGACCUUCAGGAUAAAGAGGGGGAGUCGCAGGCCGGGGCCAAACUCUACCUGAACAGACAGUUUGCGGACGAACGCUGGUCUAAACACAGAGUCGUCACGUGUCUCGACUGGUCACCACAGUACCCUGAGCUGCUGUUGGCAUCAUAUUGUAGUAAUGAGGAUGCGCCACAUGAGCCGGACGGCGUGGCUCUCGUCUGGAACAUGAAAUAUAAGAAAACCACACCGGAAUAUGUCUUCCACUGCCAGUCUGCAGUGAUGUCAGCAGCGCUCGCACAGUUUCAUCCUAAUCUGGUGGUUGGAGGCACGUACUCGGGUCAGAUCGUCCUGUGGGACAACCGGAGCAACAAACGCACCCCUGUGCAGAGGACGCCGCUCUCAGCCUCAGCUCACACGCACCCGGUGUACUGUGUGAAUGUGGUGGGGACUCAGAACGCUCAUAAUCUCAUCAGCAUCUCCACGGAUGGGAAGAUGUGCUCCUGGAGUCUGGACAUGCUGUCUACACCACAGGACAGUCUGGAGCUCGUGUUUAAACAGUCCAAAGCAGUUGCCGUGACCUCCAUGUCAUUUCCUCUGGGUGAUGUCAAUAACUUUGUUGUGGGCAGUGAGGACGGGUCCAUCUACACCGCCUGUAGACAUGGCAGUAAAGCGGGCAUCAGUGAGAUGUUCGAGGGUCAUCAUGGACCAAUCACAGGGCUCGACUGCCACACGGCGGCAGGACCGGUCGACUUCUCUCACCUGUUCGUCACUUCCUCUUUUGACUGGACCGUCAAACUCUGGAGCACCAAGAACAAUAAGCCUCUGUACUCUUUCGAGGACAACUCCGACUACGUGUAUGACGUCAUGUGGUCACCCACACACCCGGCCCUGUUCGCUUGUGUGGACGGGGUCGGACGUUUGGACCUGUGGAACCUUAACAAUGAAACUGAGGUCCCCACAGCAAGCGUAGCGGUGGAAGGAAACCCUGCGCUGAACCGCGUGCGCUGGGCUCACUCGGGACGAGAGGUGGCCGUCGGCGACUCCGAGGGACAGGUGCACAUUUACGACGUUGGAGAGCAAAUUGCAGUGCCCCGGCAGGACGAGUGGACUCGGUUUGUGCGCACGCUCGCAGAGAUCAACGAGAACCGGGAGGAUGUGGAGGAACUGGCUGCUCAACGAUUGGCUGCAUGAUCACCACGGCAACCCCUUCUGACCAAUCACGGUUCCCCUGCAUUUGCAUAUCUCCACCCUCUCUGAAGUUCUUUUAGUGUUACUGGACGACAAUCUAGGGCUUUUGAAUUAUAAAUGG